UUUGGCUUGCAAAACUAUCUUGAUUCUGCAACAAGUGUUAUCAUCAACAAUGCUAAAAGCACCUCUCUGUUAUGUGACCCUAAAAUCCCCACAGUUUGCAGCCAUGGCGGGAGCUACAGGAAGAACCCUCUUCACCUUCUCCCUUUCUUCCUCUUCUUCUUAUUCUUCCUUCACGCGCUUCCUCGCCAAGCGCGUCCCACUACGCAAAGCCCUCCCUCUUCUCCCCCGCUUCCGCCCACUCUGCUCCGUCGCUGCUGCGCCGGAAAGCGCCGACGCGAAGCAUUCUUUACUCCUCGAGAGGCUCCGGGCGCGACACCUCAGGGAUGCCGCGAGAAUCGCCCCCGAACCGAGGAAGAAGGCCAGGGGCGCCGCCGUUGCGGAGGCUGAGAAAGAGAAGGCGAAGAAGGAGAAGAAGGUGGUUGCCAGUUUCGAGGAGUUGGGAGUGAGUGAAGAAGUUAUGGCGGCGGUUAGUGAAAUGGGGAUUGAUGUACCCACUGAGAUACAGGGAAUUGGCAUCCCCGCCGUUUUGGAAGAGAAGAGUGUCGUUUUGGGGUCGCAUACUGGCUCUGGCAAAACCCUCGCCUACUUGCUUCCUCUUGUUCAGUUGCUACGACGGGAUGAACAAUUGAAUGGAAUACUGUUGAAGCCCAGGCGUCCGCGAGCUGUUGUAUUGUGUCCUACAAGGGAGUUAUCUGAGCAGGUUUUUCGAGUAGCAAAAUCGAUAAGCCAUCAUGCCCGAUUUAGGUGUACCAUGGUAAGUGGUGGUGGCCGGAUUAGGCCUCAGGAGGAUUCCCUUAACAACCCCAUUGAUAUGGUAGUUGGUACCCCUGGAAGGGUUCUUCAGCAUAUUGAGGAGGGAAACAUGGUGUAUGGUGACAUCAAAUACUUGGUAUUGGAUGAGGCAGACACAAUGUUUGAUCGGGGUUUUGGUCCUGAUAUACGCAAGUUUCUGGGCCCAUUAAAAAAUCGCGCUUCAAAACCUGAUGGCCUUGGUUUUCAGACUAUCUUGGUAACUGCAACCAUGACAAAGGCUGUUCAAAAGCUGAUUGAUGAAGAGUUUCAAGGCAUUGUUCAUCUGCGCACAUCAACAUUGCAUAAGAAGAUUUCUUCAGCUCGUCAUGAUUUUAUUAGACUUUCAGGUUCUGAGAACAAGCUUGAAGCAUUACUGCAGGUAUAGUUAUAAAUUUUGGCGUGUUUGACAUGUGUCAACCAAUGGUUGAUAAUUUUAGUUUGUGUUGGGAUGUGCAAUCAAGGGGCACCAAGUCUGUUUGGGAUUAUUUGGUCCUGGGAUUAAGUCUCACGCAGGCUGUUUUUCUUUCACUUUAGCUAAUGAGAUAUUAGUCUAGGCUGUUAUUAUUUAGAGUUAGGACUUGAUGGUACCAACUGACUCUAAAAAAGUAUAAUAGAGGGAAUAUGUGUACACUAGUUACUAAUGAUUGUAUUUGUUCUUACCUCAAGUCCAUUAAGAUUGUAUCAUUAGGAUCGAUCACCUUAUUCAAUGUAUUGUCCAUUUUGGAGUCUAGAACUUUUGUCAUGAUUUUGUCCUUAAAGGACAUCUCAUAUUUAGAUUACCCUUGGCUUUGACUCGUAAGUGUCUAGAAGCACGCCGUGAAUUUA